GGAGGAGGUGGAGGCAUUCUUUUACCCAUGCAUAUCUCUUUUUAGUAUCUCUUCAGUGUCCUGCUAAGCAGAAAUAUCACAUUAAGAUGAUUUGCCAUCUUCAUAACACAUUAGCUAUAUGAUCACACAGCAGGCACUUCUAUCUGCUUACGUGGAUUCAUCUUUGGCUGGCUUUCUAUGGAUUCAUCUUUAGCUGGCUUUCUAUGGAUUCAUCUUUAGCUGGCUUAAAUGAUACUGCAGAACAGAAGCAUUCAAGAGGAUCUAUGGUCUUGUUGCUGGACAAACUAGUGAUAUCAUUUGUUGCAAUGCGUUCAGAAAGAGAGAGGGUUAAUGCUUUGGAAUUAACUUUCCCAGGACUCGUGACUUCAGGGAGUAAAAAAACAGAGCAGCUUUGUUCAGUGUCUGUGUUCUCUUGCAUCCUGAAGUGAGCACACAGCUUUGGCUGCUGAACGUGAAGGUUAUGUAAGGCGGAGAGACUUCUGUAAAACCAAUGAGCAGCAAGUGACAAUUUUAGCCCAGGAGCAUGGAGCUGUAGGAGGGCUGCAAUCCUCCUGCUCUAUUCACAUGCACCUCCAGCUGAGACCAAGCUGUCCAAACAGGCGCAACUUGAACCGUUCAGAAGUGACCUAUGGAGAGACUGAAAAUAUACCAGUGAGUGGCCUGCCAGCACAAAUCUAUCAGUUGCAGGCUUUGGCCUCAGAACUGAAGUCAGGUUUCUCUGAGGCAAUGCAGGAGCUAUCUAGAAUACAGCAUGGAGAGUACGCUCUUGAGGAGAAGGUCAAGAGUUGCCGCUGCACUAUGGAAGAAAAAGUUACAGAGGUGAAGAAUUCACUGAACAAUCUCAAGGAAGAGGUGAACACAGCGAUGGCAAUGAUUCAUGCCAUAAUUGCAAAGCAGGAGGAAAUGCAGCAGAAAAUCGAACAACUGCAGCAAGAAAAGAGAAGAGAGUCACGUAAAGUAAAAAACAAAAGGUUACAGAAAGAAGAACCCAUGGCACAGCCUCAAGUACCACCGAACGGCAAUUUCCUACAACCCAGCCUCUCUGAAUCCACAGUGGUUAAUCAUCACUUUAACAACAUUGCACAACCAUCCCCAUUUGAGAAAGUACCUGCUUCCAGGCUGGUGACUGCAAAUGACUGCAACAUGGCUGCAAUUACAACUGCCUCUAGAGUCACCCAGGAAGAUAGUGAGAAAAGCUACACGACUUCUACACUAAUUGAAACACAGCAAAAAGCCUACAUGCCUUCACAUAUCUGGAGACAGCCAAAAGAUGAAAGAGAAAGCAACGAGGAGAACUCUCCCAAAGAACAACCAGACAGGAUAAGAGAUACAGGCCGGAACAGAAGUGCACCCGUUGAGAACGUAUUAAGUGAACCUACAGGUUUUGCUAGAAGACAAAAUGCUGCUCGAGACCUUUUGGAAUCAGAGAGAAAAUAUGUUUUGAACCUAUCGCACAUCCUGAAGAUCAGGGCCACCUUGCAAGGGUCUGAUAUAAAAAGGGCUACAAAAGAAAGGAGUUUCUUCCCCAGUUCCUUACGGUAUUUGAUCCAACAUCACCUGGACCUGCUGCAUGUUCUGCAGGAGAGAGUAAUCAAAUGGUCUAGAGAGGGGAUUUUAGGAGAUAUAUUCCUGAAACUGACAAACGACGAGAACAAUUUUUUGGACUACUAUGUUGCUUACUUGAAAGAUUUACCGGAGAGUAUUUCUGUCAUUCAUAUUGUGGUUCUGAAAGAAGCUGAAGAAGAUAUUAAAUCCGAUCUCUACAUAUUGCUUUUUCAUGUUGUUCAGAGAAUUCCAGAAUAUCUGAUUAUCUUACAGAAUAUCUUGAAAUUCACAGAACAGGAGCACCCAGAUUAUUACUUGCUUCUUGUGUGUGUGCAGCGCCUACGAGUUUUCAUCUCACACUACAGCGUUUUGUUUCAGUACAAUGAGGACCUUCUCAUUCAGAAAAGGAAGAAACUUAAGAAGUCCUCUAUGAUUAAACUUUACAAAGGACUCGCAUCCCAGUGUUCUGGAAGUAGCCAGGAAGUUCCUCCCAGUGUGAAUACCUCUUCAAUCAUUAAAGAAAAUAUCAUCCAGUCUGAUGAAACACAUCAGCUAUAUCCUGCAAUGCCAGGGUCCAACCUAAAUCUUGUGCCUCAAAUAAAAAAGGGCAGACAGACUCCAGUUGAAAACAUUCAGCCAUUAAAGUCCUCUGAGUGGGAAGCAGAUGGAAAGAAACAUGAUCGACCUGACAUUAUUGUCCCAACACCAUAUUCUGGGCCUGAUCAAGAAGUCAAUUCACUGCUGUCACCCUUACAGUCCAUUCCAGAGAUGGAGUAUGAAAGCACUUCAGUGGAUGCGUUACUUGAUAUGGAAAGGUCCAAGAGGACGUCAUCAAACAUUUUUUCUCACGGAAACCUUGCACCUAAUUAUGAGGAAUAUGAAUAUGGAAGUGAAAUAAUUGGAGUGUCUACACCUUAUGAAGAGGACCCAUUUCCAAACCACCCAUUGUUUGAGUCUUGCUCUGCGGCCUCAUCUGAGUCCAGCCUGGAUAUUUGCUUUUUGAGGCCCAUCAACUUUACCCUGGAAUCAAACAGAACAGAGCGAUCUUUGCAGCCAGCGAGCAGGAAUUGUUUCUCCCCUGUGAGCAACAGCAGCUACAGGCAUGAAGGUAUUCAUAUUAAAAACAAGCCUUUGAGCAGAUCCCUGAAGGAGUUUCCUCGGAAUCAAGAAGCAGUCUCUACAAGACUUUAUAGUGCCAGAUGCACCAGUGCCAGCAGGAUGCAGUUUAAGCAGGAUAGAAGCACUCAGUCCCACGGAUCAGAUUCAGCUCGCAAUUCACACAGGCAAUUCUACAUUCCACAAAGGCCUCAUGCAGACAGUAGAUCUCUACUAGAGGAUAUCCAAAUGGAUGGAAAUGCAAGGUUCUACCACAAGGAUGAAACUGAACAAACCUCUUUUAGUGAGCACCACCCAAGACCAGAUCAGAAGGGUGGUUUCCGAAGCUCCUUCCGUAAGCUAUUUAAAAAGAAGUCUGGUGGACUAGAAAGCAAAGAGAAAUCAAGCGAGAAGUCAUCCUUAGACCAAUCUCCUACAAGACAAGAAAUCUUCCGCCAUCAUUCUGCUCUGAUCAGUGAACUUGACCGUGGCACAGCUGUGUGAUAAAGCAAAAUAUGGCUUUGCUUAGAUACUAUAGGAUGCUAUUUGACCUUUUGGUUUGUUGAUGACUUCUAUUGGAAAGUAGCUCUAGAAAUCAUAAAAGCCUCAGUAUUAUACAUAGAAAGGCAAAACAGUAGUUAUUAUAAAUCACUUAAAUAAAGUCACUUGUUAAAAAACA